GCCUUAAUCCACCAGUACCUCUCUCUCUCUGUCUCUCUCUUAACAAAAAAAUGGCUUUCACACUUCGUUCUUCAACUUCUUUUCUCAAUUUAAAAGACACAAAAAGUUUCGAAACACCCAAUGACUUCCCUGGCAUGGUUUGUUUUGCACAAAUCAAGCCAUCUUGCCAUCUCCGAGCAAAGAAUUCAACGCAAGAAGCUCAAGUCUCACGUGAGACAACCUCGCCUUUGGAAGGUAGGAGAAAUGGGCCGAGAGAACAGCUUCAUGAGCUAUCAGGAGGUCAUAGAAAAAAUGACUCAAGAGUGCCCGUGUUUGUGAUGCUACCCCUUGACACCGUAUCGUUUGGGGGAAGCUUAAACAAGCCACGAGCAAUGAAUGCUAGCUUGAUGGCCUUGAAAAGUGCAGGAGUUGAAGGAAUAAUGGUUGAUGCUUGGUGGGGGCUGGUAGAGAAAGACGGGCCUUUGAAGUAUAAGUGGGAAGGGUAUGCCGAGCUUGUGAAGAUGGUGCAAAAGCAUGGUUUGAAGCUCCAAGUUGUCAUGUCUUUCCAUCAGUGCGGUGGAAACGUUGGAGACUCUUGCAGUAUUCCUCUACCCCCAUGGGUGCUCGAAGAAAUCAGCAAGAAUCCUGACCUUGUCUACACGGACAGAUCAGGCCGGAGGAAUCCGGAGUACAUUUCCUUGGGUUGUGAUUCAUUACCGGUGCUCAGAGGAAGAACUCCCAUUCAGGUCUACUCUGAUUACAUGAGGAGUUUCCAUGACAGAUUCAAGGAUUACUUGGGAGAGGUUAUUGUGGAAAUUCAAGUGGGGAUGGGCCCCUGUGGAGAGCUAAGAUAUCCAUCCUAUCCAGAAAGCAAUGGGACUUGGAAGUUUCCUGGAAUUGGAGAAUUCCAAUGCUAUGACAAGUAUAUGAGAGCUUCACUGGAAGCAGCGGCUGAGGCAAUCGGGAAGAAAGACUGGGGGAGUAGUGGGCCUCAUGAUUCUGGCCGAUACAAACAAUUCCCUGAAGAGACCGGAUUCUUCAGAAGAGAUGGGACAUGGAAAAGCGAGUACGGGCAGUUUUUCCUAGAAUGGUACACCGGAAAGCUAUUAGAGCACGGGGACAGGAUCUUAGGAGCUGCUGAGGGAAUAUUCCGAGGAACUGGUGCCAAGCUAUCCGGAAAAGUAGCUGGAAUUCAUUGGCACUACAGAACAAGAUCUCAUGCUGCUGAAUUAACAGCAGGAUACUACAAUACUCGACAUCGAGAUGGUUACCUACCAAUAGCACGAGUGUUUGCCAAACAUGGAGUGAUAUUCAAUUUCACGUGCAUGGAAAUGAAAGACAGGGAACAACCAGAGAGCGCAAACUGCUCACCAGAAGGGUUAGUUCGGCAAGUGAAGAUGGCAACUAAAACUGCUGGAACAGAACUUGCAGGAGAGAAUGCACUGGAAAGGUAUGAUGCAGGUGCAUAUGCACAAGUUACGGCAACGAGUAGAUCAGAUUCUGGAAAUGGAUUGAGUGCAUUUACAUAUCUAAGAAUGAAUAAACAGCUGUUUGAAGGCGAGAAUUGGAGGCACUUGGUGGACUUCGUGAAGAGCAUGUCAGAAGGUGGUCGGAACACAAGACUUCCAGACAGUGACUCGAGCAGGACAAAUCUUUACGUUGGAUUUAUCAAAGAGCAUAAUGUUAAGAAGAAAAAUGAGGUUGCCCUCGUGUAAAGUAUAUGUUCAUUUUCAUGUAUGAUGGUGAAUAGUUUAAUCCAAUGUAGAGUAGUGAAGAAAAGAAAAAAGGAGCAGAAAAGGAAAAGCAUAUGAUAAGUGUGUGUUAUAUAUUUGGCAUAACUGACCUAGCUUUGAAGAUUGUCAAGGACUAAAAAAAUAUAUAUAGAAUGAACUGUAUAUCCAUUUCCACAUCAUGAAUGAGGAAAUUUGUAAUUCGCCAUUGUUCA